AUGAAAUCUUUUAUUCUAUUCAUCGUAUCUAUUCUCAUUCAACGUGCAUGCACGUCGCCUUACAAGCCUAGAUUUCCAAUAGACUUUGAUCUUGCCGAUGAGCUCCCAGAUACUAUUCGGAUGAUUAAAUCCACAUCUCACCCUGAAGCUCGUUACUACACUGUUAAAAGAAGUCUUACAGGCUACUAUAGACUCGGAGAUGUCAAAAAUGCAGGUGAAAUGGUCUGCCCUGGGAAUCCCAACGAUAUGGAUAGGUUUCUUCUUGUUGUAGAUCUUACCAAUAAAAUAAGAUACCUCAGAAUCGUUUGCAAGAUUAAAAAGCGUGGCCGUAACCAGAGGAAGAUUUUAGAAUUCAUAACUAGUCCUGAAGGUACUAAUAAAUUCCGCCCAGUGUCUCGGACAUCCUUUUGCCUAAAUUUACCCGCGCAAGGCAAUACAAGUAUCAUACAAGUGGACGACGAUGUUAAAGCCAUGGUUAAGAGGUAUAGUGUGAGACCUGAAAUGAAGUAUCGAUUUAUUAUUGGCGUGGUCAAAUACGGUCGUAAGGUUAUUACCUGUCGAGACCAAAACUUAAUAGAGAGGCAGAUAAUCUACGAUUAUUCGGAGAAACCCCUAAUAACAAUCAUUUCCAUAUAUGGAGAUGGGGACUGUGGAGUGGAAAAGUAUACCUACAGAAAGGAAGAUGACAGAUUUGUCAUUAAUGAUAGAAAGUAUACACCAGUAUUUCUAAAGCCCCAAGAUGAAAGUGUAGUCGUAGACAACCCUGAUUCCAAACCUGAAGAGAAACCUGCAGAAAAGGAAAGUGAUGGAGAAAAGCCAUCUACAUCAGCUGAUGAUAGUGGUACUGCCAGUGCUGAUACUGACACUGCUACAGAAGCUACAUCAGAUGAGAGUGGGGAAUUAGCGGCUGGUGCAUCUCCAAUUAGUGGCUAUGAAUGGCUAUUGGAACUGGAAGAUGGUGCAACAUUGGUAAAAGAAGGGAAGGAAUGCAUGUCUAUAUUCUCAGAACUUGAGGAGAUGUCCGGUCUGGAAAACUUUAAUAAAGACGAAAUGGAGUCGAGGAUGGCAGAUAAUAGCAAUGUUUUUGAGUACUUUAAUGAAUAG